AUGCAACUAGGCUGGCCAUCUUUUGAUUUUGGCGCCUCCUUAAGCACACCGGCCGUGGUCCCUCUUCAACCUUCACCGGACCAAGUUGACAUCGCCGCCGACCCUAAUCCAGCACCCGAGGAUCCCAGAGCCUUUUGUGUUCAUCAGCUCACUAUACUGGCAGCCGGCAUUGAUGAGGUCUACUUAUCCAUUUCGGCCUUUGCAAUGAUCCACAUUUCUAAGCAUUGCCCCAUCGAAGAGUUCGCUGCCCAGUACGCGGAGAAGUACAACCAGCAGCGAUACCUUGAGCAGCUUUUCACCCACGCGCAGGGUUUAGUAGACCUGUAUCCACGCGUGCUGGGAUUUGUGUUUAAGGAGCAGGACCGAGAACAAUGCCAGGACCCCGACUGCGUCCACCGUGAAGGCAUGCCCGCUCCACUGGAUGGCAUAUUCAACGAGAUGAGCCGCCCAAAAAUGCACAUCGACGAAUAUUUGUUCAAUCUUCUCGUCUGUGCUCACACCCGACUUACCGAAGUCCUCGGCAAUCUCAUUACCCACGUGAAGUCGUGCGCCAAAGUCGCAUUGGCCUCGCCCGACUACUUGAAGGAGCCCGAACUGUGCAUCCCCAAGUUGAGGGUGGGCAGUUUCGUUGCCUCGACUCAGGCCUCUUCUUCGAUGCAGGCCGUCCUCUUAGUUCACAUGGCAUUUCUUCUGGUUGAUUGGGCUAAACAGCUUCAUACUAGAGUCACGGAAACACCUGACCUGGGAGGCUCUAGCAAGGACAGACAGGUACUAAGGUUGCGGUGCGAGGUCUUGAUUGAAAGAGCGGAGUCCGAAGUGAAUGGCUUGAAGAAAAUCAGGGACGCUCUGACCACGUUGGGAUUCAUGAAAUGA